AUGGAGUUAAGUGCAUGCUUUGCCAUUGCUGUGCUGUCUCUUCUUUUUCUGCAGUUUUUGAAGCUGCAGUGGGUCAAGUGGCACCUCCCACCUGGGCCAGUUCCUCUGCCUGUCCUGGGGACUGUGUGGUGCUUUGCCUCUGGAUGGCAUCAGAACACACUUUCAAAGUUGUCAAAGAUUUAUGGGGAAAUAUUCACCAUCUGGAUCGGACACUUGCCAAUGGUUGUAGUGAAUGGGUUCCACCCGGUGAAACAUGUGCUUGUCAACCAUGCCGAAGAAGUCUCAUGGAGAGUAGUGAGCCCUUUUGUCAGAGACAUGAUGCAUGAGAAGGGUAUUCUGUUUUCAGGUGGCCACAUCUGGAAAGAACAGAGGAAAUUUGGAGUGGCAACUUUGCGGUUGCUUGGUUUUGGAAGAAGUAACAUGGAGCACCGUGUCCAAGAGGAAGCCAGCAAUCUGGUGGCCUUGCUUGCAAGUGAGAAAGGGAAGCCUUUGGACCCAGCUCUCCCCUUGUUCCAUGCUGUCUCUAACGUGAUCUCCAGUGUGGUUUUCGGACACCGUUUCUCCAUUCAAGAUGAAACAUUCUGCAAACUGGUCGAAUGCAUCGAGUACGAAGCACAUUUUUUCCUCUCUAAAUGCCAUUUUUUGUAUGAACUUUUUCCAUGGCUCAUGCGUCGCCUCCCCGGACCUCACCAGAAGGCAAUUUCUUGUCUGGAGUUUAUACAUUCAUUUGGGAGGAAGGAGAUCAGAAAUCACAAGGAAAAGAAGAAACUGGAUGACCUCCCGGAUUUCAUUGACUACUACCUGAGCGAAAUUGACAGAAAAAAAGGUGAUCCUGCAACUAGCUUAGAUGAAGACAACUUGGUCCAGGUUAUUUACGACCUCUUCACCGCAGGCACAGACACUGUGGUCUCCACCUUGCAAUGGGCACUGCUGUUUAUGGUGGUCUAUCCAGAUGUCCAAGAGAACAUUCAGAAGGAGAUUGAUGCUGUUCUAACACCUUCUCAAUGCAUCUUCUAUGAGGAUCAGAAGAAGAUGCCGUACACUAAUGCAGUCAUUCAUGAAAUCCUGCGUUUCAACUUUGUUCUCCUAGUUGGAAGCUUCAGACGCUGUACGAAGGAUACAACUAUACUAGGUUUUCCCAUUAAAAAGGGAACAAUCGUUAUCCUGGAUAUUGCUUCUGCCCUGUAUGACCCCAAAAAGUGGGAGACACCCCAUCAGUUCAACCCAAACCACUUCCUAGAUAAGGAUGGAAAUUUCCAGAACAACGAUGCCUUCAUCCCAUUUUCAGUAGGGCAGCGUCUGUGUUUGGGGGAGAAUCUGGCAAGAAAAGAACUCUUCCUCUUCAUCACAAACGUGCUGCAAGCGUUCACGUUACAGAUGCCAGAAGGAGUGACAGAACUCAGCACAACGCCUGCAAAAGGGUUUUCUGUGCAGCCAUACCCUUACAAGAUCUGUGCUCUUCCACGAAAUUUGGUGGCAUGA